UUGAUUUUUCUUUUUCCUUCUAUUCGCGGAUUAGCCACUGUUACAACCCUUGUGCAGUUCCCGCGUUUACGAGACAGCAAUCCUUCGAAUCCAAUUGAAAAUCCCAAACUAUACUCUUGAAAAUGGAAAAAUCAAAUGUCUCGGACUCAGAAACUGAAGAGAGAAACUCAGAUUCAAGCUCAGACUCAGAGGAGUCUCCGGCGGAGCCCCAAAGAACAGGAAAACUCACUGAUUAUGAGAAACAGAGAAUGAAGAGAAUCGAAGAAAACAGAGCAAGAAUGGAGGCUAUGGGUCUGCACAAAAUGGCAACUUCUUUGAUGGGUUCUUCCCCAAAACCCCAGAAGAAAGGCAAGGACAGAAAGGGAAAAAAGAAAGUGGCUGAUGAAGAUGAAGAUUACGAUCCAGUUCAAAGUGAGGACCUUUCUUGUGAUACAGGUGAAGAGGAUGAUGGGGACUUUGAAGUUUCAAAGUCCCAAUUGAAAAAGUCAAAGAAAAAAAUUCAAACAACUAAGAAGAGAGUGUCUAACACAAUGGAUUUUGUCAACGAUGAUGUCACAAUGGAUUUUGUCGACGAUGACGUCGCCUUAAUGCAGGCUAUUGCUUUGUCACUACAAGAUUCAGCAGGUUUUCUGAAUCUUGCAAAUAAAGUGCCUAUGCAAGGCACUGAUGCAGAUUCCACUAAUAAGUACAGCAACGGAAAAGCUUCCUUGAAAAAGGUCAGCAAUGAAAAAGCUUCUUCAAAAGAGGCCAGUAAUGAAAAGGAGGUAGGUACCUGCAAUCAGGAAGAUGUUACUGGGAAAAGGAAGAGAAAACAACAGCAGACAAGAAAUCGAGUGCAGAUGACUGAGGAUGACUUGAUUAUGCAUUUCUUUCAGUUUGAUGAAGCUGGAAAAGGGAGUAUAAAUUUUAGAGAUCUACAGAAAAUGGUAGUUUCCCAUGAUUUUACAUGGUCAGAUGAAGACAUGGCAAAUAUGAUUCGUUGUUUUGAUUCUAAUGGAGACGGAAAGUUGAGCCUGGAUGAUUUUCGCAAGAUUGUGGUCAGAUGUAAUAUGAUACAAGGUUCUGAAGAUGCAUCCAAAGAGUAGUUAAAUCUUCUUAAGAAAUAGAGGACUAUGCCAUAUUGUACAUGACUAGCCAAGAAGUUGACAGCGUGAAAUAGAAGGUACUCAGAAUCUUGCACAUCCAUUUGUAUACAGUACAGUAGUUUGGUUUUUUCAGUUCGUCAA